UUUAUCUUCACCACCAGCACUUUCUCACUCCUCCCUCUCUCUCUCUCUCUCUCUCUCUCUCCAAUUUCCCUAGGGUUUAAUUUAAUUCCGAAACGACUUCUCUGACAAAAUUGUUUAUCCGCCAUCUCUCGCAAUGGGCUCGCUACCCGAUCCGGGCGAGUCGACUCAGCCCCCGCCGAGUUUCGACGAUUUCCAGCGGCAGACCUCACUGAUGACGAGCUGCACUCUCCUCUGGAAGGAGCUCUCCGACCACUUCACCUCCCUGGAGCAGGACCUCAUCAGGAAAUCCGACGCGCUCAAGGCCAAGGUGGAAGCCCUAUCGCAGGAGACGCAGCAGUCGCUCAACGCGCUCGAAUCGCGCGAGUCCUCCAUCUCGAGAUCGCUCUCCAUCGCCUACGAGACGCUCGAGCAGGCCACGAAGAUGUCGAUCUCCUUCUCCGGCGAGGAGGCGGAGGCGGAGGUCGACGAUUCCGAGGGUUUGCUGAUGAAAUUGAGGGGUUUCUGCCGAAGGAUGGCGGCGAAGGAGUUCUGGAUCUUCGUGACCUCGCGGAAGAAGGAGAUCGAGCUGUUCCGGUCGGCGCUGCCGAAAGCCCUCUCCAGCUGCGUCGAUCCGCCGCGAUUCGUGCUGGAGGCGAUCUCGGAGGUGUUUCCUGUGGCGAGCAGCGCGAGCAAUAGCAAUAGCUAUGAUUUGGGGUGGGCGUGCGUGCUGCUGCUGGAGUCGCUGAUUCCGGUGAUGGUGGAUCCUGUGCUGGGGAAGGAGAGGAUGCUGGUGACGCCGAGCAUCAAGGGGAAGGCGGAGGAGAUAGCGGAGGUGUGGAAGAAGAGCCUCGAGGAGAGGGGUGGAAUUGAGAAUGUGAAGACGCCUGAUGUGCACACCUUUUUGCAGCAUUUGGUGACGUUCGGGGUUGUGAAGGAGGCGGAUGUGGAUUUGUACAGGAAGCUCGUCGUCGCCUCCGCGUGGAGGAAGCAGAUGCCGAAGCUCGCUGUCUCUCUCGGCCUUGGUGAUAAGAUGCCCGAUAUGAUUGAAGAAUUGAUUGGAAGGGGACAACAAGUUGACGCCGUUCACUUUACAUAUGAAGUCGGUCUAGCAGACAAAUUCCCCCCUGUCCCGCUAUUGAAGGCUUUUCUGAAAGAUGCAAAAAAGACAGCCACAUCAAUCUUGGAGGACCCCAACAAUUCUGGCCGUGCAUCGGUGAGAGAUUCGUUCUUAACUUGGAAGUUUGGCAGACAUAUGGCUGCAAAGAAAGAGCAAUCAGCCAUCCGUGCUGUUCUCAAGUGCAUUGAAGAAUACAAACUCGAGGCCGAGUUCCCACCCCAAGACCUGAAGAAGCGCCUCGAGCAAUUAGAGAAGGUCAAGAUCGAGAAGAAGAAGCCAGCCAGCCCAGCAGCCAAGAGAACACGCGCCAGCACCGGAGGGCCCAUGCCUCCCGCCAAGGCUGGCCGUUCAACCAAUGCCUACGUUUCGUCGUUCCCGUCUCCUCCAACAUACGUGAGGUCACACACCCAGUAUUCUCCUACUGCAGUCCCAGCGGUGCCAGGCGUCUACGGGCACAGUAGCAGAAGCCCCUCGUACGUAUACUCCCCAGAGGCCCCCCCUCCUGCCAUCGUCGGGUCGUACCCUGUCUCUCCCGUGAGCUUCCCAGCAUAUGGAGGAUACAGUAACGGGAUGGCACCGGUUUACCAGCAAGCUUACUACUGAUCGACAUGACUGGGGAAGGUGACUACUGAUAUGAUGAUGACAACAAUCAAUCCAAAUCCAAAUGUUUGUUUUGCAAAUCGUCUGUAAUCACUAACCUUUAAUGGUAGCUUUUAUCGGUGUGUUAAUCCUUUGAUUACUGACCUUGACGAAGGGCAGCCUGUAUUAAUCUUUCUGAUUGUUGAAAACACUUUGGUAGUUUUAGGUGUUUGUGAAAAGUAACUAAGAAACCAAUUAUAACGAACUACUAAUACUAGGAGUCAUCUUUCUUCUUA